GAGACAAGCAGUGGCAAAGUAUCAUCACACAUACGCACAUAGACACACACUGACAAAGGCUGUGCCUACACACACACACGCACUCACUGACUGCGUGGGGUACAGAGCACAUCUGGAGAGGAUAUAGAAUAUGAUAACAGACGGUGCAGUGUCAUCAGUAUAAGGUGUCAGCAGUAGCGUUGCCUUACACUGCCCCCAUGUGGAAAACUGGCCUCAUGCUGCUCAUGGACCAAACUUAAAGACACAAUCUGUAAAUACAGGAAACUGAUGUUGCGCACUGCUUCUUUACAUCAGUAAAACUAGAGUAAAACAGACCUGUUUUUGAAUUGUGUCUGGUUUAGAAACACAGAAACUGUUCAAUUAUCAAUGUGAAUUUGUUUGAAAGGUGAAACAGGUUUAACAGGUUUGCAGUCCCAUAAUUACCUCACCGUCAUUCAUUUUACAUUUGGUGCUUUACAGCCACAAACAGAAUUUAGGUGAAAACACAAUGAUAUUACAUUCUUAUCUUCUUUUUUAGGCUAGCAGGUGAUACAAGGACAACAUAUGAAAUAAAAAAACAAAACAAAAAACAACCCAAAAUACACACAAAAACACUGGUUAUUAAAAAUGCAGCUACAACACUUACUGCCUGCAGGCAGCCUAUUAAAAUUGAAAAAAUAAAGCUUUUUUUGCCUGUAGGUGGCAACAUCAAUAUAUUAGUCUAUCAAUGGUCCACAUCUGCAAGUCAACUGCUGGAACCUUCUUAUUUAGGUGGUGCAUGUUGCCAGGAUUAGAAUAUGUCCGAACAGCUUCCCUUGUGGGGAACCUGCAACCUGCAAAAUGUGAAUGAGUGAGUUUUUGAGCUCAUAUGUGUGAGAAGAUCCAUAAGAAGUCCACAUUAAAAAGCGGCGUUUCUCUUUGCGCACGACUUCACCGGAGCCGUGCGCUCUGACAGGUGCGCCUCCCGCUGCGACGUGAGCUUGUGUCCGAGCCCCAGCUGUCCCGGCGGGUACGUCCCGGACCUGUGUAACUGCUGCCUGAUGUGUUCACCGGGCGAUGGAGACCCCUGCGGCCGCACAAACGACCUGCCCUGCGGGGAUGGCUUGGAGUGCAAGCUGCUCACUGCGGGGAGGCGGCGAGGCUCCGAGGGGGUCUGCCGGUGCAAGAUGGAGUAUGAAGUGUGUGGAAGCGACGGGAAAACGUAUGAUAAUGUAUGUAAGAUGAGAGCAGCCAACCGUAAAGCUCUGCAGAAGGGGAGACCCGCAGUUAGCCAAGCGCACAGAGGACCCUGCUCACCUUCAGACACAGGUCAUGCCCUGGUCCAUCCCAACAGCCCUCGCUACAAGUUCAACUUCAUCGCUGAUGCAGUGGAGAAAAUAGCCCCUGCUGUUGUCCACAUUGAGCUGUUCGUAAGACAUCCUAUGUUCAGUCGCAACGUGCGUCUCUCCAGCGGCUCUGGUUUUAUCGUGACCCACUCAGGUAUGAUUGUGACCAACGCUCAUGUGGUAACCACAGCUGCCACAGUCACAGGGAGGCCCCAGCUGCGUGUUCAGCUCCAUGAUGGCGACGCGUACGAGGCCGUGGUCAGAGAGGUAGACAGCAAGGCAGACAUCGCCACAAUCAAGGUCAAUCCUCAGAAGAACCUUCCUGUGCUGUCUCUGGGCUGCUCAGCUGAUCUGAGGCCAGGGGAGUUUGUCGUGGCGAUUGGCAGCCCCUUUGCUCUGCAGAACACUGUCACCACCGGCAUCGUCAGCACCGCCCAGAGAGACGGCAAGGAGCUGGGCAUCGUGGACUCAGACAUGGACUACAUCCAGACUGAUGCUAUCAUUAAUUACGGCAAUUCUGGAGGACCUCUUGUUAACCUGGAUGGUGAAGUGAUAGGCAUCAACACCUUGAAAGUGACAGCAGGGAUCGCUUUUGCUAUACCGUCAGACAGAAUCAGCCGCUUUCUCACAGAGUCUCAGACCAAACAUAGCAGAGAUCAGGGGUCAGAGCCCGAGGAAAACGAAGUCUCACUUGUUCUGACAGAUAAGACCAAAUUUCAAAGAGGAUAUACAGAGAACCCACAGUCUGAUACAGAGGUAUCAGGAGUGAAGAAACGCUUCUUAGGCAUCCGAAUGCUCACAAUCACCAAAAUUCUAGUAGCACAGCUGAAACAUCAGAAUCCAGACUUUCCUGACGUCAGCAGUGGAGUUUUGGUGCAACAGGUCAUACCCAACACUCCGGCAGAAAAUGGAGGUAUUAUGGACGGUGAUGUUAUUGUGAAGGUGAACGGUCGACCAGUCCAGACCACCGAGGACAUCCACGAGGUGUUGCGAGGAGACCAGCCUCUCCUGCUUGAGAUUUGCAGAGGAAAUGAUGACUUACUGUUCAACAUUCAACCACAUUUUACGGAGUAUUGAAGAAAGGGAUUAUUCAUUUGCAAACAACUGUUGGGCAGGACUCAUUUCCUGUCAUCUUUUUUUACCAGCCUGAUGUAUAUUUUGUUUGGUACCUUUUGUUCUGAAUGAUCUGCAAAAUUUGAAAUGUGUUGUAUCAUAUAUAUGGUAGUUUUUUGUUGUUGUUUUUUUUAUAAUACUUCAAAUACUGCAGAGGAAAAUACAUUGCACUAUAUACUGUAUGAGGCUCAGAGAGUUUCAGAAUAAAAGCUUCCAAAGAAGUA